ACUUUAAACAUAUACCCAUAGCACGAAAAUGCAAUACAGGGCCAAAGCAACAUACCCCCUCAUUUCAAGUAGUAACAUUUCCGAGUGUAUUUGAAAGUAGCAGCCGCGCAUGCGCGUUGCACAACAAAGGUGCGGGGCUUGGUGAGCCACAGUGCGGCACGAAAACCGCACCACGGCACUGAGACAUUGAAUAGAGGAGGGAAUGCAAAAUACACAGGUUAUCCUUAAAAGAAUACACGGACACGAAAGGGAGAAGCCGUCUGCUUCCGGAGAACCCAAAGAAUGGAAAUAUUUCUACAUUCAUUCCGGCUGAAGAGUAAUUUUUCCUCUGAAAUCCAAGGAAACCUUCCCAGCUUGGUCCGACGAAGCCCAGUUCAACUAGACAGCAGAAUGGAUAAAAAACAACUAGACUAGCGACUCAUUGUGUCAACAAGACUGAACAGGAGGGGGAGAAAACCCCGCAGCCAACCUGGCAUUUUAUCACUGGGAGAAGUUGUGAACAGUCUCCGGAAAGACACCGCAUCUCAUCGUUUUUACAGCCUUUCAUUGUUUUUUUUGUUGUUUUUUUUCCCCCACGAAAUUCCAGUAGUGGGAUGCUUUCGCGUUGUGUUGCUGCUUCAUAGGGGUUUUUCAAGAAUACAAUACAGGGGUGAAAUAUGGGUGAAGUUCAGGACGUCAGGGAUGUUAAGAAGACAUUCGUUGCUCCAGCAAUAAAGUCUUUUGAGCACUACGACUUCUCCCGAGCCAAAAUCUGUUGCAGCCUCACAUGGCUGGUGGCCAAAGCAUACGGGACAGACAGCAUCCCAGCAGACUUAAAGGACCCCUUCUAUACAGACCAGUAUGAGCAGGAGCACCUGAAGCCUCCCGUGGCCAGCCUACUGCUGUCUGCAGACCUCUACUGCAGGGCCGGCAGCCUCAUCCUGAAGAGCGACUCUGCCAAGCCCCUGCUGGGCCACGAUGCCGUCAUUCAGGCGCUGGCUCAGCGUGGACUCUACGUCACUGACCAGGAGAGACUGGUGACUGAGAGGGACCUUCGAAAACGGCCUCUGCAAAUGAGUGCGCACUUGGCGAUGAUUGACACUCUGAUGAUGGCGUACACAGUGGAGACGGUUAGCGUGGAGAAGGUGGUGACCUGUAUUCGUCAGUAUUCACCCUGCGACCCUGAGGUGGAAACACCAUAUGACACGGAGGACGCAGUGACCACCUGGAUCAACAAGGUAAAUGAGUAUCUGAAAGACAUUGUGGCUCAGGAGCAGAGGAAGAGGGAGACGCAGAACGCCGAGCCUGUUGGGAGUCCUCGGUCUCCAACCAAGUGGUACAUGAAGCUUGUGCCUGCUCGCUACAGGAAGGAACAGGCCUCGACCCAGCCGGUUCCCUGGAUCCCCCCAGUGGACAACCUGCUGAAAGACAGCACGGACGGGUCAGCCCUGGGUGCUCUGCUGCACUUCUACUGCCCUCAGCUGCUACCAUUGGACGAUGUCUGUCUGAAGGAGAACAUGACGCUGGCUGAUCGGCUAUACAAUCUGCAGCUCAUACAGGACUUCUGCAAGGACAACCUGAACAGCUGCUGCCACUUCAGCCUGGAGGACAUGCUCUACGCCUCCUCCACCAUCAAGAAUAACUACCUGGUGUUCAUGGCAGAGCUGUUCUGGUGGUUUGAGGUGGUCAAGCCGUCUUUUGUGAAACCAAGAAUGCUGGACAACGAAUGCACAGAGCCCUCGUCCUUGUUGAAGAAUAUGCCAGCCAUCCCCAUCUCCAAGGCAACCAAGAGGAGCUUCAUGGAAAGACCCCCAAGUCCGGAAAGACCCAGUUUGCCCCUCCGACCCCAGCCUCGAAACUCAGGAGAGAUGAAGAGGUCAACCUCAAUGUCCUUUGUCGAUGGCAACCUUGGCACUUGGCCCAAAGAAAAAAGGUCUGGGCCUUAUGGAGUAUCUUUUGAUAUCCCCUUUGACAAAGAGGACCCUUCUCCUGGCCCUCUUCCCUCCACACGUGGCAUGGUCAGGUCUGUCAGCACUGAUGAUGGUUCUGGCUUUAAGGUUCAACACCUGCCUCGUGGAAUGAAGCGUAACCUGUCCUUCCAGCCAGUGAAUGGUCAGAGUGUCGGCAUUGAGGAGGAGGGCUGCCCAGACAGCCUGGCUGGUGUGGAGCCCGACAGGCCAACGUACCCCAACGGACAUGGAAGUGUCAUGGCAACAACUCCCUCCAUUGAGGAAGCCCUCCAGAUUAUCCACAGCCCAAGUAGGCCCCCAGCUGAGGGGAUCAACAGUGGCUUCUUUCUGCACAGGCCUGGUGUUGGUAGCUUGGAACCAGUAUCAGAAUUAGACUCCAAAGGGCCUCCGAGCACCACAGACACCACCGAGGUGGACACUGGCAUCCAUAUCCGAACAGAAGACAUGCUGGAUGAGGAUUCCUCUCUGAAAGACUGCUCUGUGAACAUGGACCUGGAUAUGGACACGCCAAGCCCCUGCCCGAGCAGUCAGAGCAAAUCCCCCUCAGGAGUGAAGAUGACCAGCUUUGCAGAACAGAAGAUGAGGAAGCACAGUCCGUCAGCGCCAGACUCCGGAAGGUGCAGCAGCAGCUCCCUCAAGACCACUCCUGAGGGCUCUGAGUUUGGCCACCCAUUAUCUGUCUCCUGGGCCCCGACCCCUGAGCACAGCCCCGUCCAUCAACAAACCACCCCACCCCUUGCUACCAAAGCAUCGCCCACACCUGUACAACUUCCACCCAAUGACCCUGCUCAGGUCAUGGCUACGGAGAUGGUACAGCUGCGGAUGAGGCUGGAGGAGAAACGUAAAGCCAUUGAAGCACAGAAGAAGAAAGUGGAAGCUGCUUUUACAAGGCACCGGCAAAAGAUGGGUCACUCAGCGUUUCUCAAUGUGGUGAAGAGAAAAGGAGAUGGGGCUGCCAGUGGAGAGGAAGGAGGAAAAACUGAGGCAGAAGGCAAGGCAGCAAGCACAAUUCCCCCCUUCAUAUUCGGGAGAAGCAAGGCAGACACACCUGAUGGGGCAGAGCAAAGCAGCACAGGUUCCUGUUGGACAAAGUCACCUGGUGCAGGAGAGGAAGGUGGGCAAAGUCAUGCUCAGCUAACUGAGGUAGAUCUCACUGAGUAUACGCGCUCUAUUGAGAAACUCAACCAUUCGUUAGCCUUCCUUCAGACUGAGAUGCAGCGGCUGGCUCAGCAGCAGGAAGUGAUCAUGGCCAUGAGGGAGCAACAACAUCAGCAGGCGUGGGUCAUCCCUCCUCCUCAUACAAACCCAUCACCACAAAAACAAAAUCGAGCCGGAGCUGUCGCUCGAUCCUCAGGACCCUCCUCUCCUGCCGACUCCCCUCGUACCACCCACCGUUCUCCAACCAGCAUCAAACGCAAAUCUGCCUCCUUCCACUCGCGUAAUCCUCGCACCCCUCGUCCCAGCGAGCUAAAGCUGGCCCCUUACAAUCGAGUCCUAACCGCACCGCAAUCUGUCGAUAGCAUUCCCAGGCUACGGCGAUUUUCUCCCUGCCAGCCCUUGGCAAGUUCCUUUGUUUACAUGGGUGAGAAACCAGCAACCUCCAAUCCAGCGACAGUAGCCUCAGAUGGAGAUAAAAACAAGGACAUGGAGUCACUCCUUUCCCCCGAGAGGGAGCAUGCCAGUAUAUGUGUAGCCAACUCACCCCCCACCUCCCCUAACCUCCAGAACAAAAGAGAACAAAAGUUUGAAUGCCAAACCCAGGAAAGUGAGGUUCACAGCCAAUCGAAAAUCAUUGAGAUGGAAGCAGAUGACCAGAAAGUUCAGAAGUCAGUUGCAGAUCUCAAACCUACCAUAGAGUCAUCAUUUCCUGAGGUUCUGGCCCACCCUGUGGUAGAGACCUUCACGGUGUCACCUACAGAAAUCCCUCCACAGCCAGAAGCCUCGGGCCAAGUCAAGAGCAGCUUGAUUGAGGUUCCCCUGUCAGUCGUGAAGCCACUGGAGGAUCUGACACUUGAUGAUAGUUUGGAGAUGCAGCAGGAUAACGUGGAAGGCUUAGAUUACGAUCAGAAGAUGUGUCGUGGUUUCUUCUUCAAGGCGGAUGGAAAAGCUGAGGAGAACAUGGCUCAGAAGAGGGCUGCACUGUUGGAGAAAAGGAUGAGGAGGGAGAAGGAGAGCCAGCAGAAGAAGAUGCAGCUGGAGGCUGAGUUGGAGCAGAAGAAGGAGGAAGCUCGGCUGAAAGCAGAGGAAGAGCGCAUCAGGAAGGAGGAAGACAAAGCCAGGAGGGAGUUCAUCAAGCAGGAAUAUCUCAGGAGGAAGCAGCUGAAACUGAUGGAGGACAUGGACACCGUCAUUAAACCUCGACCAGCCGGUGGGGCCAAGCAGAGACGGGGCCGUCCCAAGUCCAUCCACCGCGACAGCAUGGAUUCCCCGAAAACCCCUGUCAGAGCUGCCACAGGUUCACGGCAACGUGUCUUUUCAGUCUCCAGCUUGUCCCUUGCUUCCCUCAACCUGGGAGACAGCGACAGUGUUCACUCUGAGAAGAGAUCGCCAAGGCCAGAUUCUGCAGAUGGCUUCCUGUCCCCGAGCCGCUCCUGCAGCCGGAAUGGGGAAAAGGACUGGGAGAAUGGAUCCACAACCUCUUCUGUUACAUCCAACACAGAGUACACCGGACCAAAACUAUACAAGGAGCCCAGUGCCAAAUCUAACAAGCACAUCAUCCAGAACGCUCUGGCCCACUGCUGCCUCGCCGGCAAGGUUAAUGAGGGACAAAAGAACAAGAUCCUGGAGGAAAUGGAGAAAUCAGAGGCAAACAACUUCUUGGUUUUGUUCAGAGAUGCCGGCUGCCAGUUCCGCUCUCUCUACACUUACUGCCCCGAAACUGAGGAGAUCAACAAGUUGGCCGGCUUCGGCCCCAAGAGCAUCACGCGCAAGAUGAUCGACGGCCUCUACAAGUACAACUCGGACAAGAAGCAGUUCAGUCAGAUACCAGCCAAGACCAUGUCGGCCAGCGUGGACGCGGUGACGAUCCACAACCAUCUCUGGCAAACCAAGAAGCCAGCCACCCCUAAAAAAGUAGUGCCUGCCCAGUCCUAAUGGAACUUGAUACCCUAGACAUCACCAUUUCCCCCUCAAAUGAAACAUACCCAUUUCAAUUUGCACUUCACUGUACAUAUCCAUGAAGAUUCAAGCACCUGCAAUGCCAGUUAGGUUGAAUGCAUAUUUGUCGUUUGUUUGUUUUUCCUCUCAUCGCAUUCCUGUCCUUGUUUUUCCUACUUACUCUGGACUGGACAUAAAUAGGACUCAAAGAUUAUGAACAACUGGAAUGUAUGACACUGUUAAAGAAUGAUGUAAAUGCUUAUCACUUCCGUGUUUUUAAAGAUUGUCAUGUUUGAGUCAGUUUACGAAGGCAUGUGUGAGUGUUGUUUUUUGUUUCCUACGUGCCAAAUGUCAAAAAAAGAGACAGUAUGAAUGCUAGGACAUUUUAUUGGGUACUCUGAAGCACUGAAUGUUUUUAAUUCAUGUACAGAUCGAUUUAUGUUUGCAUAAUCCUGUUGAUGUGUGGCCUUAUGCGCGUUUUGUUUUAGCGUGUGAGUGGAAUGAGGUGAUUGUAAAACAACGUACAGAUGGGGGGUUUUUGUAUUUGGAAGAACACUUUUUCUUCAUCUCUGUGGGUAAAACAGUUUGUAUAUUGAGGUACGUGAAACUACAAAGGGCCAAAAAACUAAUUGCAUACAGCUAGCGUUAGCCACACAGUACACGUGUGUUCAGCUCAACAAAGCCAAGCGGUUUCAGCUUUUUCAGAACCCUUUUUUGAGGAAGUGAUUUUAAAGAAUGCAGGACGUUACUCUAGAUCACUGGUUCUCAACCUGUGGGUCAGGACACCUCCAGGUGAUUUGAGCUGUAAUGUAUGACGUGUAGAAUUUUUUUUUUUUCUAAUAUACAAAUAUGCUGUCAUGUUUGUAAUUGUUUUGUCAAACUCCUUUGUCUUGUAAUAUGCUGAACUAGUUGCAACCUCGAGAUGUAUUCUAAUAAUUAAGUAAAAUAGUCAGACAGUGAAAAUAUAAAUCAUCCCUUGGGGGGGGGGGUCAAAGUUAAGUUUGUUUACAAGUAUGGUAUGGCUUCAGCCACAAAGGUUGAGAACCGGUGUUGUAGAUCACUUUGCUGCUGGUUCACAGUAAAUUUGUGAACAAAUAAAACAGCUGAGUAUUAUUUUCUUGUUAUUUAGAAAUGCUGCGUACUGCAUAAUUUAGGGUCUUUACAGUAUUAAUAUAAUGUACACUCACACACUAGCACCAACUGGUAUCAGGAAUAUGACUGAAUCCCAAGACAUAAUGACACCUAAGAAGUAUUUCCUCAUCAGUAACUGGAUUUAAAAUUAAAUGUACUAGUUAAAUUGUACUAGUACUUACUUGGCAGUGUUAAAUUCUUCUUAUUCACACCAGGGUUACUCAUCCUAACAAAGUCUGCACUUAUUAUACUUUAAGGCACUUUUGGUGAAAGCAUCCACCAAACACCAAAUGUAGUUGUGCAUAUACCAAGUUUAGACUGCUGAUUAGUUAAGAAUCUGCUAUUUAAAAAGCCAAUCAUUCAUCACAGCAAGUAUUGCCUGAUUCAUUAAAAUGGCCACACUGUUACUAUGGUUGUGUCUGUUGCUCUUACGUAACACAAAUGUAUGUUGACCCAAACUAAGCAUUAUGUGAAGAGUGUGUAUUAGCAGCAUAUUUAUUAUCUGUUGCCUAUAGAUGCGACAGAGUCAUAAAAAGGCCAGACAUUUUUUCUUUUUCUAUUAUUAGGAGAAUGAAUAUCACAAAAUAAUGCAAGGCAGAAUAGGGUGGAUCCUUGUUGCUGCAUACGGGUAGAGACUCGCCACAGAGUUUCAUUGGUGUCAGUAUCAUGUUCCUUUUGCCACCAAAUGUCAAAUCAACACCAUGUUGCAGGAACGAUUUACAACAUCUGCUCACAUGGUGCUUUGUUUUCAACUGGGGGGUAUUUAUGACCAAAAGAGAGCAUGUACAUGUCUUUGAAAAUGUAAUAUAGUGUGACAGAGUAAAGAAGUGUUUCUCUCUUGUUUAUUGGAAGGAUUUGUCCACGGAAGCUCUGUCCACCUGCUUUUGGCUGCUUAAGGAAAAGGUGAAAUGAUUCUUUAAACUGUAAUGAUAUUGUACAGUGUGUUCAUGUGAGCUCAUACCUAUUCAUUAUAACUUUUUUUUUUUUUUGUCAGACGCUGUGCUGUCAACAUUUUGCUGAACAUGUAUUUUAAUUUUUUUUUUGUUUUGUUUUUUUGCAUUUAAUAAAACUAAGCAUGGCCUCAGCA